ACUGAAAGAAGGAAGGACCGAUACAAAGCCAGUGCGACCACGCAGGAGAGAAGCGGGGGAAGGAGGGAGGGAGGGAAGAGGGAAUAAAUGCAAAAUAGACCGGCAGAGGGAAAAAAGGGGUGAAAAAAAGAUGCACAAGAGCCGCAUCAGUUCUUGUCCACAAGGAACAAAAAACAUUGUGUCCGUGAAUGGGAGCUGGUGAGCUCAACCACAAGGCGAGUGCAAUGAGAAACCAGGCAGACUGCAGUCGCUGGUGUUGCUGAGCACCAAUCCUCUCUCCCUCUGUGUCUCCCCGUGUCUCUCUGCCAGCCUUGUGUGCGACGUGGAGACUCCUCUGGUUUGCUGCUUCCAGGGCUGCUCCCCUCCCUGCUGCCUCUGGCUGUGUUUGGGCUAUGGUCCUGACUGAGAAGCAGGGCAUCACCCAUCUGUGGGGCUCCGACUGUAUGGGAGGUUAAGCCAGUGAAAACCAGCAUGGGAGCCAAACAGAUGAAAUGUCUCAGCUCAGCCAGCCCUGCUCACUCCCCCAAAGAGGAGUAUGUUAUCACCCAGUCCACUGACACCCCUAAAGAAGAAACAGCCCAUGAUCAGCCUGAGAACCAGGGGGAACCUCGGGAUGACAAAUCUGAGCUGACAGAGAGGAAAUCUGUCACAGAGGAGGUGACUCUCUGUGGAUUGUGUCCCUCCCUCGGGCAUGAUGGGCAGGAGGAAGAGAAGUCUUGGGAGGAGCAGCUGGACGCCCACCAGGAGCAGCUGGAGAAGGAGAUGCAGGAGGCCAGGAGGAUGGUGUUCCGCCUACAGGCUUUGCUUCUCCAUGGCUCGCUCCCUGAGGAGGACCAGGACGGGGCCGUGAGCUUCGGAGAUAACCGGGCUAACGCCGAGCAGCAGCUGGUCCUAAUCCGCAGUCGUCUGGACCAAAGCAUGGAGGAGACGCUUGAUCUGAAGAGGGAACUCCUGAGGCACAAACAGGAGACGCGUCACAUCCAGGCCAUCAAGGAUGCUUUGCAGCAGCGCCUGGCAGUGCAGGAGGACGCCGUGCUGCAGCUGAAGCAGGAACUGCUAAGGUGCAACAUGGCCAAAGAUCAGCUGGAAGGGGAAAAUGCAGACCUCAAACGCAAGAUGAGUGAAAGGAACAAAUUGCUCAGUGAAUAUGAGCAGCAACUCGGGAGGAAGGACAGAAUCCUGCAGCAGCAGCAGCAAAGGCUCGACGACGCUCAGCAUAAAGCUCAUGAAGUGAGCCUUGGACGGUCAUUCAGGAGCGAAAGCGGCGGCUACAGUAACUCAGUGGCUUCGACGUCUCCUCCGGCAUUUCAACACAAUGCGCCAGGUGAAGAGCUGCAGCUUGUCAGGGAAGCACUGCGCAGUUUGAGGGACGGUUUUUCGGGCCACGACCCCCAGCAUCACACCCUGGACACCCUGGAGCAGGGCGUGGCCAGCCUCAUGGACCGGCUGCACUCUUUGGACACCCAGCGCCGACAGGACAGAGGGGAGGAAUUUAAAUCGCCGGGGCGCAGAGCCAACUCGACAGACCGCGACUCCUGGCCGCCAAGCUCGAAAAUGGCGCACUCGCACAGUAGCCCGGGGUUGGACUCGGCCGUGUCCACGAAAGUGCUCUACUUCACAGAUCGCUCGCUCACGCCGUUCCUUAUUAACAUCCCAAAAAGGCUGGGUGAGGUGACACUGCGAGACUUCAAGGCUGCUGUAGACAGACAGGGCAGUUUCAGAUACCACUUCAAGGCCCUUGACCCCGAGUUUGGCACCGUGAAGGAGGAGGUGUUUCAGGAUGGAGCAGUUGUGCCCGGUUGGGAGGGGAAGAUUGUAGCGUGGGUGGAGGAGGACCACGGAGAGCGGAGGUAGAAGCCAAAAACCAGAGAUCACCACCACAAACCUCAGUUGUCCCCACUGGACCAGGAAUCCACUGAAAAUACUUAGAGAGAGCAGUUAUAAUACAAUUAACUAGGACCAACGGAAAUUAAACCACUUCCAUUCAAAAACAUGUUUUUAAAGUGAAUGUUUAAUAUGAAGAAUUUGACAUUCGGGUACAAUUUUUUUAAUGGAACGCGUAUUGAUUAAUAACUUGUGGGACUACCAUUUAACGGUCAGUACAAUGUGAUACUUGAACUCUGAAUUAUAAAAGAAUGUAAGUUUUACAUUGAACAACAAGCUCUAAAAAAAAAGCUGUAAUCAGUGCGAACCUCCAAAUAAAAAGUGUUUACUGACAUUUUUCACACGUUCCAGAUUGCCAAACAGUGAUGUCGUUGUUCUGCAUCAAUUUUGAUGUUUUAAUAAACGUAAAUUAUUGCAUGGAU